UGUUGCAGAUCAGAUUGGAGACAGACACACGGGUCCCACAGCUGCGCGCACACACAUUCAUCGCUGUCAGUGUCCGUCAUGUUUAAAACGGAUAAGGAUCUCAAGCUUGGAUCGAGACGUCAGGGUCGGUCGUCUCGUGGGAGCGAGGGCAGAGAUGAGGUUCUCGAAAAGGCGAGGCGAGAGCGCGCUCAGCGCGAGAAAGCGAGAGCCUCGCGCGGCCAGGCGGUAUCCAUUCAGAGCUGGUUCCGCGGGCGAUCAGCGGCGGAGGCAGCCCGUGGUUCGGAGCGGGCGGACUGGGACAGGAAGAUGUCCGACUUCGGAAAGCUCCAGCAGACGCUUGUCGCCCGGGGUAUUCCGUUCACGCCUCCGGUGAAGUUCGUCCUGAUGGCCCUUCAGCAGCUCAUUUUCUUUUAUCGGAGAGAACAGGAUGCCGCCCGACUCUGCCUUUUCUGCGAGUCGGUGCUGACCCUCUGCGUCUUGCAGGCAGACCCAUCCUUGAAUCCGGCUGCCCACCUCGCCGGCAUCGUCGCCGAGCCCGCUAGCGCGGCGGGGAGAGGGACAACGGCAACAUCGGCGGACCCGGCUCUCAGGCUCCGCCUCCGGAGGCUUCUCGCUGCAUGCCUGGACCACACCGAGAGGGAGCUGAACAAGGGCGUGAGCGACGGCAAUAGCCCUCUCAAGAUCCUGCUCAUGCUGACCGGGAGCAGGGGCCACGUGGCGUGCCCCAGCGGUAUGCCCGAGCCGACGAUGACUCCCCCGGCUAUGGAGGCCAGGGCGGCGGUUUCGCGGUGCUGCAUGGAGCUUCUGGUGUUCGAGCUAGGUCUAUUUUCCACCCUGAGGAACGUACUCAUCGGCGGGCCUACUGAGCGAAAGGCGAUCGCUUCAGCCGGCACGACGACACAAUUGAAGCCGCCCCCCGGGCGACAGGGAGCGAUUGUUGGGUCCUGGGAGCUGGCGUUGACGGCGCUCGACGCUGUUGGAAGCCUUUCUCCUGCCGCAACCGUCGCCCUCGCCGCUUCACCUCUCUCUCGAUCACCACCACCGCCGUCAGCUGCCACCGCCGCGGUCCCGCUCCGCGCGUCGUUCGUGGCGGAGAUCUUGUCGGUGCCGCUCCUGCCAUCCAGGCUAGGCGUCGACGGUGUCAACCUCUUGCUCAAGGAGCGGGCGGAGGCGUUCUUCGACUGCCUCAGAGAUUUCCGAGUGGAAAUGGUGGCCGCCGCGGCCGCCGACGGCGAGCGCGGAGGAAAAGGCCGAGCGCAAAGUGCCGCCGCUGAUGCAUCGGCAGCGGCCGGUCCUGGUGCCGAAGAGGGGAAUAUGAGGAGUCGGGGUGGCGCCGGCGGCGCCGGCCACUGGGGGACGUUUCAUCUCCCUCCCCCGCCCGUGUCUUGCUGCUCGACGGAGGCGUUUCUCCUCGGCAACGUCGUGGCGAUGGGAACAAAGAUCUCGGCGGAAGGCGGCGGAGGGGUGGGGGGAGGGGGCAGAAUCAAUGCCGGCGCACCGAUGACGGCCUCGGCAGCGCGACGAGGGCAGCGGGAGUUCAUGCGGGCGGUGACCAGCUUGCUGGAGCUUCGGGUGAGAGGACAAACAUGGAGGGGCGGGGUGGGGGUUGGGGGGGGCGUACUCUUAUGUUUUGCAUGCCUUAGCGGUUAG